GUCUGGGGACGGCUCCCGUCUAUUUCUUCUCUCUCAGACACUCGAGAUGGCUUUUCCCUGCCGCAGGUCCCUGAAUCCCAAGACUCUGACCCUCCUUCUGGUGGGUGUGAGUUUCUUGGCCCUGCACCUCUGGUUCCUCCAAGCCUCCAGGUCCCAGCGGGAGAAGAUGUGGGAUGGCUCUACGGAGGCUGCCCCUGCUGCCCCUGCGGCCGUGCAGCCGUCGGCGUUCAGUUCAGGGUCCCCGUGUGUGGCCAACGACUCGGUCAACGCCACGGUCGGCUUCGAGCAGCUGCCCGCACGCAUCCAGGACUUCCUGCGGUACCGCCACUGUCGCCACUUUCCCCUGCUCUGGGACGCGCCAGCCAAGUGCGCGGGCCGCCGAGGGGUCUCCCUGCUGCUGGCGGUCAAGUCGUCGCCUGCCAACUACGAACGGCGCGAGCUCAUCCGCCGCACCUGGGGGCAGGAGCGCAGCUACGGCGGGCGGCAGGUGCGCCGCCUCUCCCUGCUGGGCUCCCCCGCGCGCGACGACGCCGAGAGCGCAAGCCGGCUGGCGGCGCUGGUGGCGCUGGAGGCGCGCGAGCACGGCGACGUGCUGCAGUGGGCCUUCACCGACACCUUCCUCAACCUCACGCUCAAGCACCUGCACCUGCUCGACUGGCUGGCCAAGCGCUGCCCGCACGCGUCCUUCCUGCUCAGCUGUGACGACGACGUCUUCGUGCACACCGCCAACGUGCUCCACUUCCUGGGCACGCAGCGGCCCGAGCGCCACCUCUUCGCCGGGCAGCUCAUGGACGGCUCGGUGCCCAUCCGCGACAGUUGGAGCAAGUACUUUGUGCCCCCGCAGCUCUUCCCCGGGGAGGCCUACCCGGUGUACUGCAGCGGCGGCGGCUUCCUCCUGUCCCGCCACACGGCCAGGGCCCUGCGCGUGGCCGCCCGCCGCACCCCGCUCUUCCCCAUCGAUGACGCCUACAUGGGCAUGUGUCUGAAGCGCGCCGGCCUGGCGCCCAGCAGCCACCAGGGCAUCCGGCCCUUCGGCCUGCAGCUGCCCGGCGCCCCCAAGUCCUCCUUCGACCCCUGCCUGUACCACGAGCUGCUGGUCGUGCACCGCUUCGCGCCCUACGAGAUGUUGCUCAUGUGGAAGGCGCUGCACAACCCCAGGCUGAGCUGUGGCCGGGGCUAGAGGACCUCCUGA